GGAAAUGCGGCUCUGUGGACUACUAGAGAAAGAAAUGAACCUAGAAGAACGGCUUUUGUCUAUGGGGCACGGGAGCGACGAUCAGAAGUAGCCGGAGCCCGAUUUUCAACAUCUGACAGCCAUGAAGUCAGUUUUAAGCGCGGUGCCUGUCUUAAUACUGACGCUGACUGUGGUCGCCAUUCAGUCGGCGUCCGCGGCUCCGGAGGCCUUCCGGUGAGACCCGGGGCAUCCUCAGUGGCACCAUGGGGCUUUUCACGAGGUCAGAGAUAGUGUCCGAUCCGAUGUUCGCCGCAUGCUCCAUUCGCGUGCCGAGGUAUUCGUCUCCCCUUUGGUUGCUCGGAAACUGCAAGAAAAUGAAGGUUCCAUUCCAGGUCCCAGUCAAAGUAAACAUAGUCCUCAUUGGUUUCAAUAAUGAUGGAGGCUAUAGGUAUAUGGUUGAUGCACACAAAUUGGAAGAGUUCCUAAGAAUCAGCUUCCCAUCUCACAGACCCUCAUGCUUGGAGACAGGUGAGCUCCUUGAUAUUGAGCAUCACAUCGUCUACAAUGUGUUUCCUGCUGGGCAACCAGAGCUGAUAGCACUGGAGAAGGCACUGAAAGAGGCCAUGGUUCCUGCUGGAACUGCUAGAGAGUCUGAUUAUGGAAGGGAGGUGCCGUUGUUUGAGGUGGAUGCAACAGCUGUGGAGUCUGUAUUUCAGAAACUAUAUUCCUACAUAUUUGACAUGGAUAAUAGUGGAUACAAUGCAGCAGAGAUGGAUAGACCUGUGCCAAGUGCAAUUUUUAUUGUCAAUUUCGAUAAGGUGAGAAUGGAUCCUAGGAACAAGGAGAUUGAUCUCGACAGUUUAAUGUAUGGAAAAAUUACCCAGCGAACUGAGGAAGAGAUGAAAAGACAGGAGGGGGAAUACAUUUAUCGUUAUCGAUAUAAUGGAGGAGGGGCAUCUCAAGUUUGGCUGGGUCUUGGAAGGUAUAGUGAAAAAAGCUCAUACACCUUAUGAUGGAAGAUGAAAGUCUUGUUGGACAUAAGGUAAGUCGAUACUUUUUAUAUAAGAGUUACUAUAUUUUAUAUUAAACUUACUAUUAUUUUUUAUUUUUAAAAUUAGAAAACAGGAAGUUUAUCAAAAUUAGCACUUAAUGAAUCUGAUUUUUUUUUUUUUAAUAAAUCUUAAUAAAGCCUUAUCUGAAGAUAUUACACAUAGUUUCUUGGUGAAUGCAAUAAUUUCUAAUUCUAGCCUUUCUUGAUUUAUCAUUUGUCCAUCUCAACAUCCUUUAUUUAGUUAUGCUUAUCAUGAUUUUUUUGUUGCUUAGCUGCUCUACCUCUUGAUCAUAAUUCAUGCUGAGCUUAUAGCCAUCUUUGAUGCAUAUCUCUUUGUUAGAGACAUUCUGGGCUAUUAUCCAGGAUUGUAUUUAUCUAGAAGUAAAAGGACUGCUCUCUGCCAGUAUAAUGAAUAGGACUAACAUAUUGAGUUCUAAUGUGACCCUUUAGGAAUUCAUGUCACCCUGUUUUACAAGCAACUGAAGCUUUCAUUUCUCUUGCAAUACAGUCAUUUUAUUAGGCCUCACACGUUGGUCUCAGCUUCACUAUGCUAAUGUGUGCAUGUGGCUUAAUAGUUUCUUAGGCCUUAUAAGAUAGUGUCAGAUUGAGUGCACCAUAUGAAAAGGCUUCUCAUGUACAUGAAAGAUCGAUCGUGAAUUGGCUCUGGUCAGCUGGUUGUCAUCCAUUUGGACCAUUCUCCAAUACUUCCCAGAUGAGUCAAAUGCUCCAGGAUGUUGCCUUGAGGAACACGAUAUACGCUCGUGUAGAUUCUGCACUACACAGAAUUCGGGAUACAUCAGAGUAUGUACAAACUUUUGCUGCUGAAUAUCUGAAAACCCCACUUAGUGAACCAGUCAAGGGCAAGAAAAAUAAGUCGAGCACUGAGCUAUGGUUGGAAAAGUUCUACAAGAAGAAAACUAACUUGCCUGAACCUUUACCUCACGAAUUAGUUGAAAGACUAGAGAAAUUCUUGGAUAACCUUGAGGAAGAACUUGUAGAUCUAUCAUCCCUGUUAUACGAUCAUCGGUUACAAGAUGCACACCUGAACAGCUCAUAAAUUUUACAAUGCACUAUCUACACCCAACAGAAUGUAGAUUAUGUUUUGGUGAGUGAGAAGGAGAAAAUGAAAUGCUGUGACAUCGAAUAUAGAUUCCCGGUGGAGUCUUCUCAAACGUUCAUCUAUGGUGGAAUUCUUCUUGCUGGAUUCUUUGUAUAUUUCCUGGUCAUUUUCUUUUCAUCUCCUGUGCGCUAAUUCAGAAUCACAACGGCUAUCCGGCCGGAAAUUGUGUCAAAAUUUCAAAGCUCACUUGGCAGUAUGGAGGAGAAAUGUGUAUCCCCAGAAAAUAUAUAAUUUUAAGGAGAAAAAAUUUUGAUUUAUAAGAAAAAAUUUUGAGGAUUGAACAUCGAAUGGUGGUCGGAACGAGAAGGGUGCUCUAUAAUUAGGCUGAUCUUUGAUCAGAAGUGCUUGUAGAUCAAGGUGGUCGUAGAUCAGGUUGAUCUUUGAUCAGAAGUGGUCGGAACGAUCAGGGUGGUCAUAGAUCUUAAGAGGGAGGAUGAAGACUGAUCUCCCUUCAAAUGCCAUUGUAUAAAUUAUUGUAUUUUUUUAAAAUGGUAUUUUAUAUGAAAUAUUUGCUGGACAAGAUUUAAAAAAACAAUCCCUAUUUAAUGAAAAUUAUAAAUAUAUAAUUUUUUU